GAGGAUCGCCACGAUUAAAUUAAUAUUUCUGCUCAAAAUUUCAUUAGUAGAUUAUAAAGUAUUAUUAGUUGUGGGCAGUUAUUGCCAGUGCCUUAUACAUAAACAUAAUGGAGGAGUUGCACUCUUGUAGCUGUUGCCUGGUGCGGCCGCCGGAGAAGGGCCUUAAGGUUAUGUAUAAACAUCUCGGCAAAACAGAGAUAUAUUACGACAUGCUGAGAGACUGCUUUAAUAUAAAUCUAGGCAUGGGUAAUGACGAGUGUGGGAUCUGUGACGUGUGCGUGGUGCGGCUGCGGGACGCAAGCGACUUCAAGCUGCAAGUGCAGCGCAGCCAGGGCGAGUUGCAGGCGCGGCUGAAGGGAGUGAUCACUGCUAGUAACAAGUUAAAAAUCAAGUUGGAAAAAGCUCCUGAAGAUGAAACAAUUAUACGCGAUAUUAAGGUGGAGAAGUCCGAGGUCGAGAUGGCAGAUGGCGAGAUCGUCUCAGUUUCUGUGGCCAUCCAAAAGGGACCGCCUGCUCAUUCAGCGGAACCCGUUGUUACUACGUCCAACCCCAGUCCGGCGCCCGUUCCGACGCUCAUCGACCUCGACAGUUCCGAGUUGGCUUCGGCUUCCAGCCACCUUAUAGUACACUCGUGCGACAUAUGCCAAAAAACCUUCGACAACCCAAAUGCCAGGUCCAAACUUGUAAUCCAUCGCCGCUCCCACACUGGAGAGAAGCCUUAUGCGUGCAACGUAUGUGACAAAAGAUUUAUGCAAAAAUACCACUUAAAUACUCAUUACGCACUCCACAUGGGAAAGUUUAGAUUCUCUUGCGAAGUAUGCAACAAACGAUUCCUACAUAAACACCAGUGGAUCGUACAUAUGCGGACACACACCGGUGAAAAACCGUACGCGUGUGAUAUGUGCAAUAAAAAAUAUGGACAUAGAAGCCACUUAACUUUUCAUAGAAAAAGUCAUUUCGAAUCUCAUCCUGUGGAAAAAAAGUACGGUUGCGAUGUCUGUGGGAAACGGUUUGCACUACAGGGGAAUUUAUUUAACCAUAAGGAACUACACGAAGAAAAGGAAAAGGAAGCAAAAGAAGGAAAACAGGAUGACCCAAAGCCAUAUGAGUGUGAAAUAUGUCACAAACGAUUUGCAUUAGCAGGUAUCUUAAAAAGUCAUAAAGAAAUCCAUACUGAAGAAACACCGUUCGAAUGCGAAACAUGUCAUAAGAAAUUCCGUCUGAAAAAGUAUUUGGAAGUGCACGUAAAGGUGCACGGAAAUGAGAAGCAACACGCCUGUGAAGUUUGUGGCCUACAGUUUACACACCGGUCGAGUUUUAAACGUCAUAUUAAAAUACACACGGGUGAGAAACGCUUUUCCUGCGAAAUAUGUCACAAGCGAUUUGGACGCACAACAAUUUUGCGAGACCACAUGCUUAUACAUAGCGGACUUAAGCUACACUCUUGUAAAGUGUGCAAUAAGCAAUUUAGACAAAAGACGACUUUAGAUAUUCAUGUGCGUCGACUGCACACGGACGAGCGACCAUAUCCUUGCGAUGUAUGUAAAAAAGGAUUCGCUGAACUAUCCGCCUUAAAAUUCCAUUAUAGAACGCAUACUGGAGAGAAACCGUACGUUUGUGAAAUCUGUCAAAUGAAAUUUGCUCGAUCUGAUGGUCUCAGGAAACAUCUUUUACGUAUUCAUAAAGAGAAGCCCUCGAAAUCUGUGGUAAUUAAAUAAUGGGUAUAAUCAGAGACUAGUGAAA